UAAGCAGCAUGUCGACGAGUGCAAAUGCCCUACCUCGAGCCCGAGAAAACGACAUAUCACCUUGAGAAGUCCAACGCAGGUGUCGUAGGGGGAAGUCACCGCCGCGGCACAAGUGUUAACACGCAAAACCGCGGUUGAUUAGGAAAGGCAUUCAAUCAGGCAAGGGUGACACUGCCAUAUAACCUCUCAAUAAUGGCUGUUGAAAAAAAAGAAAAAAAGAUACAUACAUACAUGUAUGUGUGUGUGGAUAUGUGCAUAUAUAUAUUCAUGUAUAUAUACAUCCAUAUAUAUAUGUAUAUAUACGUAAAUAAGUACUUAAAUCCUGAUAUUUCCAGCGGCUCUGGUCGAGUCUGGCCGAAGGCGACGAGAAAGGGGUGGUCCAGGCCCUAGAGGAAGGCGCUGACGUGAACCAGGUGAGCCGCGGCGGAGGUCGGCCCAUUCACUCCGCUGCUCUUCGGAAUUCGGGCGGUCUCGUGAGGAUCCUUUUGAAUCACAGCGCCCUCUGCGAUGUUUCCGACGACGAAGGCUUCACGCCUCUGAUGGUGGCGUCCCUGAAUGGACAUAGUGAGGUGGUACAGGAGCUGCUGAAGGCCGGUGCGGACCCGAAAAUACGUCGGCCUGAUGACUUCGGGGGGGACACAGCCCUCCACAUGGUGACCAACACAGACGAAGGCGAGGUGUUGAGAGCCCUGCUGGAGGCGGGGGCUGAUCCUAACGCUAGGGCCAGCGGCAUGAACGACAUGACGCCUCUGCACUUCGCUGCGGAGUUUGGGAGAGAGAAGUUGGCUGAGCUGCUCGCGAACCACCCGAGCUGCAAAGUCGAUCUGAAAGACGCCCGUGGCCUCACGCCCGCCCGCCUGGCUAAGGAAGGCUGCCCGAGCCUCUCCCUCUACCUGGAUUUGUGCUGCGGAGCCAAGUCUCGCAUGGACAAGCUUCUCAUCAUCGCAGUCAAGAGGAAUGAUGCGGCGGAAGUGAGGGCAGCGCUGGACGAGGGAGCGGACCUGAGCUUACAGGGUCCAGAGGAUGGCGGGACCUUGCUCCACCUGGCGUCCCAGGGUUCCUCAGGACAAGUUCUCCAGAUACUUCUCUCUCGAGGCGCCUCGGUGGACGCAAGGACCAGUCAGGGAUUCACACCGCUCAUGACAGCGGCUGAGAGGGGCGCAACGGACGCCUUAGAGCAACUUUUGGAAUAUCACGCCAACCCCAAGCUGGCCACUCCUGACGGGACGACAGCACUGCACUUGGCCGUGCAAAGUCAGGAUUCUUCCGCAGUGACUGCUCUCCUCGACGCCGGCGUAGACGUCAACGCCACCAAGGUCGACGGGUCCACGCCGCUCCACAUCGCCGCUGCGUCGGGGGCCCUCGGGCUGGCUCGUCUCUUGUUAGAUGACUACCAUUGGGAUGGUACCAAGGGCGGCUCGGCUGCCCAUGUUGCGAGGGAGGCCGGCCACCUGGAAUUCGCCAAGUUCAUCGAGCAAGUGGUCCGCAGUUGUGAUGAGAGUGACCACAAAAGUGCUGAGCUCCCCCAAGAGGACUUCCGCGUAGUGGUGGGCCAGCCCGUGCCUCCCAGUCCGGGCGUGUACCGGAACCUCUCCGAACCGUAUCGAGGCCGAGUCCUCAUCAUCAACUACCGGGAAUUCAGUGAGGAGGCACCCACUCGCAACGGCUCUGAGAAAGAUGUGGAAAAUCUCUGCAAAGUGUUUAGGAGUAUGGGCUACCAAGUGGAAAAUCACCAGGACCUGGAUCUGGAAGCGACUAAAGAGGUGCUGAAUAACUUCAGGAGUAACGAGGAUCUAACUAAAGUCGACUCCAUGUUCGUGUGCAUGUUGAGUCAUGGCAUCGACCGGGAUACAUUCUACACAUCUGAUAUGAAAAAGAUGGACGUCUCUGCGGUCCGAAAUAUGUUCAAAGAUGAGGCUUGUCCUAUCAUGAAGGGAAAGCCUAAGGUUUUCCUUUUCAGCUUCUGCCGCUUCUCUGGAGAAAGCAUAGUUGACGAUCAACCUCGCGUUAAGGACGAAGCCCCGCGUGACAUGUUAACCCUCUACGCGUCGACGGAAGGCUUCAAGGCUUUUGAGUCGAGCGAAGGAACUUUGUUCGUGCGGUCCCUGUGUCAAACUCUAGCCGCCCACGCCCACAGCAUGGACAUGAUCAGCAUGGUUCAGAAGCUGGACCAGCUCUUGGCAAAAUGUCCACACGCUACAACGACGGAGGCACAGAACUUCGCCUUCAAGAAGUUUUUCCUGAAUCCAUUGGAGCCGUCCGACGCAUAAUACUGCGGUGUCCAACGAUGACUGCGCUUCUUUGUAUGCUGGCGGGUGGGCGUGAGUGCCGGCUUUCGUAAACAAGACCACUGUGGGCCUUUAGGUCUUUUGAUCUGUCUGUUUUUCAGUACUUAAACACUUUUGUAUGGGUGUACAUACACGUGCGCACGUGUUUGUGUGUGUAUGCGUGAGUGCGUGUGCCAUUGAGUUCGUUUGUUGAUUAUCGUUUUAAAAUGAUGUGAUAGAUAAUGCUGCACCGUCAGUCAAUCAGGUUUGGAAUUUGCAUUUCAGUCAAGUCGAAUGAAGAAUCAUUUGGUGGUCGAGAAUUCUUGUUUCUCACCCCUUCCUCUCUCACGCGUGCUUAAAAAUGAGCCAGCAAUUUUGAAAUAUAGAGAUGUCGACAGGCAAUUUCGCCGCGUUAAUUACCAGCGCCCUUCGCCUUUCUUUUCAUUCCUCCUUCAAACUGUUCUUUUGUUUAACUUACCUUUUUCCGCCAUAAGGAGAUAAGAGAGAGAGGAGAAGCAUAGAAAGAAGAAAGACGAAAGGAUUUUCUUUUGUUUUUCCUUCCAAAUACCUACAUCUGAAUUGCUUGUUAGCGUGGAAUGGUUGUCACAGAUCUCUCUCUCUCUCUCUCCCUCCCUCUCUCUCUAUCUCUGUCUCUCUCUCCCUCUCUCUAGCACUCUUUUUUUCUCUCUGCCGAUUUACACCUUCGAAUCUGACAUCAUCAUGCGUUAUCGGUAUGAGAUAUCGCCAUGAUCUUUUUAUAGUGAUAAGACGGAAGACAAGAUUACAGAUGACUAAUAUCUUGGGAAAGUUUUGAAUAUGUCAUUCUACUUAAGGUACCAGUAAAAGAGAAGGAAAAAGUUCUGUGAGUGAGUAGAUAUACAAUGCACAUGCAUAGUGAGGUUGAUAAUUAUAUGCGAAAUAUAUCAAUCGUAGAUUACAAUAUGAUAAUGACGAUAAAAAUUGCAGCGACAGAAGUGAUAAAAGUAGCAUAUGACAUAUCGACAAAAUAUGUAAGAAUGAUAUCAUUCUAUAUCAACUUGAAUAUAUGAUAUAUCUAGAAGACUCAUAUGCACUGCUAAAUAACUCUUGCCGUUACAAAAGAAAAUAUAUAUUUUUUUCUCUCUCUCACACACGCACACGCACGCGCACAUACACACACGCACACACAUGCACACGCACACACACACACUUAUAACUAAUAAUUUUGAUUUGACUGAGACGAUUGAAUCUAUAAUUAAUUUGCAUGCUUUGUAUGACUUGUUUAACGAUGUGCGUGUGAUGCAUAGGGCUGAUAAAUAAAGAUAGACUGAUAGAUAAAGAGAUAGAUAUAUCGAGAAACAGAGAUAUAGAAAGAAAGAGGGAGACAUUAUAAAGCUGUAACGAAAUAAAACUGGCUAUUA